CACAGCACCUACCCUCUCCACCCCUCCUCUGGACAUUCAUCUCAGCAUGCGCCACCUAUUCAGGGGCAAGACCAACAGCCUCUUACUCAGACUUAAAGCGGAGCUUUGCACUGGAGCUACAGCUGAAUGAAUCCAGCCUAUCCUGCAUCCACACACGGAGAGCCAGUGAUUAGAAGAGAAACGUCAACGGAUCAUGUGCAGCCUCUAGUGCUCUUUGUCUAGCCCUCCCUCAUUGGGACAUACAGCAAAGGAGGAUUGAGCACAGGGAGGCACUCUCUGCAAGACCUCUGUAGUUUGUCUAGUCAGCGUUCCUGUUUUGAUUUUGUGCUCUGUGUUGGGUCUCGUGUGGCCCCUCAACUCCCAGCCCCCUCCCCGACCCAUCCCGCCCAAGACAGAAGCACAUAGGCACCCAGGAAACAGGCAGACAUACAGAUCAUUGCCGGACAAGUGAGCAGACAGUUUGAGAUGGAGUUGCAACAAGGUAGAAGAUCAAUUCUGCACAGGUGUGCGCAAUCUGGUGAUGUAUUUCAUGCAGGUCUGGUUGUCACACUUCUGCUUGGAGUAUGGUAUGCUCAGGCAUUGGAGGUGAAUACAGGGAAGGUUAAUUUCAUUGAAGUGAUGAAUGGAAGUUCAGUCCUCUUACCCUGCAUUUACUCAAGCUGCAUUGGCAUUAAAAACCUUUACUUUAACUGGCAGUACAAGGACAAUGGAACAUUGAUUAAGCUCUGUGAGGCAGUUAUACCAGCAGAAGGAAUAGAACCUCAUGUGAAAAUCUAUCAUGAGCGAGUGGAAUUUGUCGGCUCCAGUAAGGAGAGCAACAUCUCCAUCCUGCUGCAUAACGUCACCUUUGAGGACCAGGGAGAUUACAUCUGCUUCGCCAUCAACCCCAAGGAGAAGGGCCGCAACCACAGUGCAGUUUUCACUCUUUAUGUAGUGGAUGAAUUGAAAGAGGUUGACAACACGUUGACGACCAUCAUUGUGUCUGUGCUCGGAGGGGUCAUAGGUCUGAUCAUUCUCAUCAUGGUGGUGAAAGCCGUGGUCCGCUCCAUUCUUAACAAGGUCCAGGAGAAGAACAAAGAGUGCCUUGUGAGCUCUUCAGGGAAUGACAAUACAGAAAAUGGCCUCCCGGCUUCCAAAGCAGACAACAAACCAACACCAAAGGCUUGAAAAGAAGUGUGUAUGUCUACAUAUAUGAGCAUAUGUAUGUGUACAUGCAUACACGAAUAUGACAGUUCACAAUGGACAGUUUUAUUCUCUUUAUCUUUUGACAAAACAGCUACGUGUAUUAAUAUGUGAAAAUAUAUAUAAAAUAUAUUUUAGAUUUUGCUUGAGGAAAACUAUAAGGUGCUGCAGGCUGGAUCACACACAUUUUGCUGAAUGGCAUAAGACCAAAUGAUAGAUGAUGCUUUAGUGUGCUUUCAUUCUGCUCUCACUAGUCUGUAAGACACAGCACACACACACUGCCUUUGUUCACAAACUGCCAUAUCCGUUCAAUGCUCGACAGCACAAGACCCACACAAUGAAGUGUUUGCCAUUAAAUUUUACCUGUGCAACUUUAUACAUAUUCAAACUGCAUUCCAAACAUUUCUGAUAUUAAUCAGUCACAAGCUGUCCAAUCAGCAAAAUGAACACACAAAUGAGUAAAGGAAUGAAUGACAUAUGAAUAAAUUAGUCGUUUAUCCAUGUAAAACCAUAGGUGCCACUUAGUAUUGGAACAUGUUUACUACAAAUCCAAGCAGCUAACAGAGUCCGAUGUUAACCACUCUCACUAAUAAUUAAUAUGUCAAAAAGAGCAGGAUGUAAGUGCACUAUAAGGCCAGAAACAUACUCUACACAACUACAAACGUGAAUGUUUGCAUUGCAGCUUAUUCUGGACAAAAAAAUCACAUACUUAUGCAAGAUAAGAUCACCUUACAUGUCAAGAGACCAACCAGCCUUUGCUUUUACAUGCUGUUUGGAGAUGGGUUCAUCUGAAAUAAAUUAUAAUAGAUAAUAUAGCAGCAUAAAUAAAUAAUUUUCUAUCAGAAAGACUCAAGAUUAUUGGAAGUAAUACAAACGAAAAGAUACUUAUAUCAUUUGGCGUAAGCCCCUACGGUUCAGUGCUCAGAUGCUGCUUGAACCGUCAGAUUCUGCUGGAGGCAAUGACGGCAGGGGAGCUGAGCUUACCCCACCCAGGACAGGACUUAAACUGGUGGAGAUGUGGUAGGAUGGGGGGUAUAAAAAAGUAUGCGAGCAAUGAGAAACAGCUGGCCGGCUUUUAAAGUGGAGCUGUAUUGUGAUUAGAAGAAAUGCCAGAUGAAUGUAUCCUGAGGUCUUCCUACUAGAACUACGCUUAAUCUUACACUGAAUAAUUACGUGGAAGUCUCUACAAAGUCUCCCCUGUUGUACAAAAAACACAGGAGAAAUAACAAAGCCAACUGAAAACUAAAAACCCAGUGCACAAAGUUAACCAAUCAUAUUAAGCCUUUAGUCAAAUAUGCUUGCUAUUGCACCCCCUUGAGGGUGCAACGUGUACUUGUUUUGUGUUAUGCAUUAUUUGAAGCCUUUCAAAGCUAGAAGUGGUUGCAUUUACGAACAUGAAUGGAGUAUGUUUCUGGACUAAAAGCGAAGUUUGAAGCAUUUUAAAGAAAAAAAUCCAUCAUUUUCUAAAAGACUUAACAGUGACACAGAAAAGGGGUGUAUAUUUGGGAUCCAGUCCAGCACUGUUUAUUCUUUUCUUUUUUAAUUUGCUUUUGAGUAGACAAAACACAGGUGCCUGUAAAAGCUUCAAGCUCCACAUGCUUCCUGGGAGCCUUUAAAUGCUAUAUACUUAAAUGAUUUAAACAAUGCUCACAUAAGAUGAAAAAAAUAAAAAAAUAAAAAAAAAUCUUAGAAAGUCAACACCUAAAAAUAUAAAGACAAUCCCCAGAAACCAACUCCCUAUAAGAAAUGAAUGAUCUUCUGAUGCUGCUUUAACAAAAAUAACCAAUAACUUUUCUUAAAUGCAUGUGAAUGAUUUUCUACAUCUAGUGUACUAUGUAUACAUUUCUCCAUACUGUGCUCUCCUGUCUUUCUUCACGCAAUCUGGACAUGACAUUAUCAAUCAGUGCUUGUUGUAUGCAAUGCCACCCUUGCUAGUACGUCUUGUAGGUUUCAUGUCUGAAAUAUAGGCUUGGCAUGUUGUGCUACUGUAGUUAACUGGUGAAGCUUAUUAUGCCAUUCAAACUCCACAGGGCACCAAGAUGCAUCCGAUUAUGCCAUGGUUGACCAUUGCGAAAUUUGACUUUUGGCAUCUGAAUUAGCAAGCUUGAAAUGAACUUAUGUGUGCCUAUCAACAAUUGGAAGACACUCACAGAUUUGCAUAGAAGCUAUGCUGAGGCCAUUUUUAUUCAUACCAUCAUAUAUGGCUAAAACUGCAAGAAUUAUGUGACAAAAUAUAACAGUAUGAACUGUAAUAUUUGAAAUGACUCUAGCUAAUAACAGUUAACCUGUGACUAGGUUAAGCACAACCCUAAGAAAUCUUUUAUAAGAUUUCUUAAGAUUCAUUUGCCAAAACAGAAGAUGGUUUACUGUUGCUUCUGCCUUAUUUUGUUUGUUCAUUUGUAAUGGGUCUUUGUCUUUUUGUUUUGGAAAAACCCUGCACAAUGCUCAUUGAUAUUCAUGUUGCCAUAUCUGGUUUAAGUGUUAAUGUAUUGACAAAUUCAUAACAUGCAAUGAAUGUCACUUUGCGAUUACUCUGCGAAAAUGCAACAAAUCCCUCAUUAGUCUUCCCUCCAUAACCCAAAGACGAAUGUACGUGGUAUUUGUAGUUAUGGCAUAAAUAAGAGGGGAUGCUUUUGGGCACUUUAUUAUGUAGAAAAAUGUAACAGAAUAUUAUCAAUGUAGAGCCAUGAGAAGAGCUAUGUAUAUUUUAUUGCAGGAUAUUUCGAGAAUAUGUAGUUGAAUAGCUGCGGUGGUGAGAUUGCGAGUAUAGGAACAGGAAUAAUUCGACUCUUUGAAUGGCUAUAUCUCUAAUAUGUGCACAUAUAUAGAAGUCUUCCAAAACACUUGACUCUGUUAGAAAUCAGGGGCUUCGGCAAUCUCAACUGUUUGGGAUGCUUUUGACAGAGCGGUAUGAAAUCCUUGCUUCAUGCUUUUGUUCGAUAUGCAGUCUCAUUUAUUAAUCUGUUUUACUUGGAACAUUGGCUUUUUUUUACAAUAAGUACUGCAACACCUCAACAUUACAGGUAAAGUUCACCCAAAAACAAGAAAUCUGUACAUUUCUAUUCACAUAGAACACAUGCACUUUUUCCAUAGUUUUUCUAUGUCAACAUGUGCUAGAUGGACAUUUUUGACUGUUCUGAGGUGUCCAGCUGUUUUUCAUCAUCUUGUGCAGAUGCACUGCAUAAUAAAUAUGUUGUGUCAAAUGGGAGCGUCCCAUUUUAAAUGUGGUAUGGAAGUAUAUUAAUGGCAAAUGUCUUUGAAAAAUAAAGUACACUGAAUUGCACUAAUAGAAAAAUAAACAGAUUGCAUUAUUGGGGAUGCAAUUUCAUAUUGUUGUAUAUUGAAGCUGUGAAUAUUUCAAUUGAAAACAUUUAUCAAAAUGUCACAAUUAAAGAUUCUAUAAUAAAUAUUCACCUUCCAAAGUUCACAUCCAAAAUAUUUAGUUAUAUUUAUGUUUCAUCUAUAUUAUUGGACAGGUAAUAUUCAGUCAAUAAUAUUUCACUUUGCAAAUUUGGUGGUUCAGAAAGCGAAUUUGCUCUUGAUCUUUCCAUUGCACCACCUAGUGGUGAAGCCUUGUAGCAUCAAGUGAAGAUUGUGCUUCGGCACUCUACUGCUUUUCCUGCAAUGCAAGGAGGUACAAGGUUGAAAUUCCAACUGAAUUUGAACCACUGAAAUUUGCAAAGUGAAAUACAAUAGACCUGAUAUUACCCUGUCAAAUAAUAAAGAUCAAAAAAAAAUAUUUAGGAUGUGAUGGUGAAUAUUUAUUAUUGAAUUUGUAAUGAUAACAUUUUGAGCGAAAUGUUUUACAUUGAAAUUAAAUAUACAACCAUGUGAAAUUGCAUACUCAAAAAAUGCAAGCACUGUUUAUGCAAUAUGUUUAUUUUCAAUUUGCUCAAUUCAUUGUGCUUUUUUGUUUCAAAGACAUUUGUCAUAAAUACAUAUCCAUAGUAGUGCGUAUCGAGACACUUUCUUUCUGCUAUGCUUUGCGCUGCAUUUUGUGGAGGACUGCCCCAAGCAUUUUGUUUUAUUCUGGACGUGAACGCUGGAUAGAUGCCUAUUGUGCUGUAUUUAAUUGGCGAGAGGUUCAAAGCAUGCGGCAAAACUCUAGAGGGGGACAUUUAAUGUGUGUUAAGAUCAGUCAUGAUUUGGAGAAAGGGUAUGAUACCGCUCUGUCCAACAGAUGCACUGUGCAAACAUGUACUGUAGAUCAUGUGGUUAGUGUUGAGUGUCUUAACUCUUGUUGAGCUGUUAUCAUCUGUGGUUCAUCUGAAUGUGUUGAGGCAGUAAUGGUCGCUCCAUCACUCGUUCUCUCUCUCUAAGACACAAACACAUACGCGCGCGCACACACACGCAUUAUCUAGACAGUUUCUAAGGGGCUCUCAUUUGGCCUUUAUUUAUAGCUUAAUUUAUUAUGCUUCAUGCAGUUUGUUGCCUUCUGUCAGAAGAGGCCAGUAGAGGCCGGGAUAUAUUGUACUUCAUUUUUGAGCGUUCGGGGUCGGAUCGCACCCGGUCGACCGCGUUGCCUUUCGAAGUAUACUCUUCUUUUCUGCGAGCGACGGCAACUGCACUCGACGCAUGUGCUGUACGGCUGCUUUGUGAUACUCUUUGAGUACAGUCAAUGGCUGGCGCACGUGCCGACGAUGCCCACAGACCAGGACUGUGCAUGUGUCAAGAACAUUUGGUCCGUGGGCGGAUAGUACGCGCAGACUGUGCUGAUGACGAAAUUUGCGUCAUGCUCACUGUGCAUGUGUACAGAUCAGCAAAGUAAACUUUGGUUUUAAGUCUGUUUAUGGAUUUAAACCAAGUCAUAAACAUCGAAAUUACGUAAAGCAGCAAUACUGUAAAAAAAAGAAAGGAAAGAAAAGAAAGGAAAAUGUAAAAAAAGAAGAACAAGAUUGAAAAAUAUGACUAUGGGCCCUCAAGAAUGGACUGUUGAAUGCAAAAUUGGCUUCUUUUCUUGGAGCUUCUUUUUAUAAUUGUGCUUUCCCUUUUUCUGUAGUUUUACCCAAAAUCCUGUGCUAUUCCAUUUUAUGAUGUUAUAUUGAGUUAAAGAGCUGACUGCUCAUAACUACUUUGUAGUUUGUACUUUGCAGAACUACUUCGGAUAUUUACUGAUUGUAAAGUGCAUAUCCGUUUGCUUAGUUGUAUCUUGGUCUGUCUGGUUUUGUCUGCAGGAAUGUUUGGCACUAGUGGUGGGCCGUGCAUUUAAAGUCUAGGCCUUCAGUGUGAUUCAUGCCAUUAAGAAAACACAGUUUCACAAUGAAUAAGACACCCUAUGCCUUUGGGCAUCAUACAUUAUGUUGCAGCUAACUAGUAAUAACAGUUGACAUUUUAAAAGCCAGAACUUGAAAUGACACUUAAUGCUCAAGCAAGCCUAAUUUUAACUGCAGCAUGAUUGAUUUGUGAAACGAACAUCUCCCGAACAGACAUUCAAAAAUCUGAAUUUUUCAUAUGACUCUACCAAGGAGGUCUAUAAUACCUGGAAAAAACUAUUUAAAUGUUGCUUGCAAUACAUUUUCUUUCCUCAGGGUACACGGUUAUGCUGCGUUCCAUUAAAGUUGGAUGUGGGAAAUUCCUACUUGAUAUCUCUGACAUAUAUGUUUUCCAUUCCCCGAUAUUUGGAACUGCAGGGCUCCCGUUAGCUUAGCAGGGACUCUCAUUAGAGAUGUCUCCUAGCAAUCCAACAGAUAGCAUUUGUGCUUCAGGUGUACGAUUAUCAAAAGAGAUUAUAAUGUAAUGUGGAAACUAAAUCAUUUAUUGAUAUUACUUAAUAAAGUGAAUGUUUAUCA